AUGCUAAAAGGAGUUACAGCUCAGAUCAUUAUUCACUAUGGAGCGAAGCUGUUCGAAUUGGUAUCGAAAAGAAUUAAACUCAUGGAGCAAAUCGCAGACUCUAACCAACGGGAUUGUGAACUUCGGGAAAUCAUCGAUCUCCAUAAUCUAUCGUUAGAAUACCUGCGUCACAUGGAACACACUCUUAGUUUUUCGUUACUAAACAUAACGUUAAGCUGUUUGAUGAUGUGGUGCCUUAUGUUGUUUUAUAUUUCAAAGAAUUUCAACGGUGCAAACGGUGCCCCUUUGCUCAGUCUUUUCGUAGCACUGCUGGGAGAAAUGACGGUUUAUAGUAUAAAUGGUACCAAUUUGCAAGAACAGGCCGCUAUGGUUGCUGAUGCAAUGUACGCAUACCCGUGGUACAGAGAACCGGUCGCCAUGCAACGGGCGGUAAGAUUCAUGAUCCAAAGAGCGCAACAACCGGCAGGAAUAACGGCUGCAAAAUUUCACUACAUUGAUCUGCAGAGUUUUGGCUCAAUGUUGCAAGCUACUUAUUCUUACUAUUUGAUUCUCAAGGAGAGAUUCUAG